AUGGCAGAAAACACUUUGAACAAUGCUAAUCUUCCUCUGAAUCAAAAUCCAGCUAGCAUUUACUAUAUUCAUCCUUCUGAUGCUAACUCAAUACAGCUUGUUUCAUUCAAAUUCAAUGGAGAUGGCUUCACAAGUUGGAAGAGAGCUAUGUUGUUGAUGCUUUCACCAAAGAACAAAGCAGGCUUCGUUAAUGGUAACUACACCAAACCGGUUGAUGAAACAAGUCUAGAACACAAAGCUUGGGAGAGAUGCAAUGAUUUGUGUGAUGUUCUUGAGAUCAACAAGGGAAGUCUGGCUCGAUCUGGAAGAGAGUCUGUUUGGGAUGCUAUUGAUGAAGCAAAUCCACUUCCUUAUUGCACUUGCAACAAUUACACAUGUAACUUGACUAAGAAGAUAUUUGAGAGGCAUCAGGCAAAAAUGGUGAUCCAAUUCAUGAUGAAAUUAUCUGAUAAAUUUGGAAAAAUUAGAGGAAAUAUGCUCAUGAUGCCUACUUUGCCUAAAAUCACAGAAGCAUAUAGAAUGUUUGCUCAAGAGGAGAAACAUAGAGAAAUUGCUCAGCUGAGUAAUAAUCCUGAGUCAAUGGCUUUUUUAGCUGAGAAGAGGAAGUUUAGAAACUUUCAGAAGCAAAACAAUUAUUCUCAGUUCAGGAAUUUUGCAGGAGAACAGAAGAUAGAUAAGCCUGGAUCGAGAUACUAUUGCACUCAUUGUGAGAUACCCGGACACAGCAUUCACAGGUGUUUCAAGCUUAAAGGAUUUCCUCCAAGCUUCAAAGGAUUCAAAGAUAAGAGAGUUGCUGCAAUGAGCUUCAGUGAAACUGAAGAUAUGGAUGAACAGCUUGCCAAGCCUAUCACUGUAGCACAAUACAAUCAGAUAAUGACAGCUUUUGCAACUCUGAAUAGAACUGAUUCCAAGGCCGAGAGCUCUAAGAGUAUGGUUAUGAUGGUAGGUAAUAUCUGUUUCUUAUCUUGUUCAGAUUCUAAAUGGCUGCUGGAUAGUGGUGCAACUGACCACAUAUGUUCUGAUAUAAAAAUUUUCAUUGAGUAUAAGGUUGCAUCUAAUAUGACUAAAUACAUAACUAUUCUUGAUGGCAGUAGGGUAUUGGUCAAACAUAUAGGUGUUGUUAAGCUGAAUAAUGACAUUUUCCUGCAUAAUGUCUUGCAUGUACCAGAUUUUAAGUUCAAUCUUAUAUCUAUGCACAAAUUAUGCAAGGAUUUGAUGUGUGAGUUACAUUUCACUCAUGAUAGGUGUUUUGUGCACACACAAAGAGGUCAAUCGAUUCCUCUUGGUAGUUUGAGUGCUGGAUUGUACAAAUUUCAAAAGGAUCGGGACACUGGUGUUAGCAGUUCUGUGCAUGCUGGAAGUAGAGUAUGUUUGGCUGCUGUUGAAGAUGCUAAACUUUGGCAUUUGAGAUUAGUUUACUUGAUCAAUAGAAUGCCCUUAAAAGUAAUUGGUAAUGAUAUUCCUUUCAAGAGGUUAAAAGAUACUGAUACAGAACACUGGUGCAAUCUGGUGAUCUAUGACAAUUUUCCUGAUAAUCAUAAGUGUUUUAUUGCUCACACUUGUGACGACAUUCAUGAACCUCUCAACUAUGCUCAAGCUGUUAAAGAUCCUCUAUGGGUAGAAGCUAUGCAAAAGGAUAUUGAUGCUCUUGUCAAGAAUGGCACUUGGAUUCUGGUUGACUUGCCUAAGGGAAAAGAAGGCUACUGGUUAUAA